UCCCUCUCUUCUCCAAUGGCUUCUCUCCCUCUUCCAACAGCGGCAAAACCUCCCUCUUCCCCCCAGAACCCUACAAUUCCACAAAAGCCCACCAAUUUCUCCAAAACCCAAGCAUCUAAACCUCUCAAAAACUUCAAAGCCUCUCAAAAUUCAUCAAAAUCCUAUCUCCAGCAAAUCUCCUCUCUCUGCAGGGACGGCCAUCUGCAUGAUGCCUUCUCCCUCUUCAACCAGAUGGAGUCCGAUGACCUCCCCAUCGGCCCGGAGAUAUAUGGGGAGCUCCUUCAAGGCUGCGUUUACGAGCGAGCUUUCUCCCAGGGCCAACAAGUUCAUGCUAGAAUCAUAAAAAAUGGUGCGUAUUUCUACAAGAACGAGUACAUUGAGACGAAAUUCUUGAUCUUUUAUGCAAAAUGUGAUCGCUUGUCGAUAGCCGAGGAGUUGUUCCUCCGGCUGAGAAAACCCAAUGUCUUCUCUUGGGCUGCGAUGAUUGGUCUACACUCUAGGCAAGGUUUCCAUGAGAAAGCUCUGGUGUGCUUCUGCAGAAUGGUUGAAAUCAGGGCUUUUCCUGAUAAUUUCGUCAUCCCGAAUGCUCUGAGAGCUUGUUCGGCUCUUCAGUGGAUUGGGUUUGGAAGAGGGGUUCAUGGGUAUGUUUUGAAGCUGGGUUUUGGGUCUUGUGUCUAUGUUUUGAGCAGUUUGGUGGAUUUUUAUGGGAAAUGUGGGGUUUUGAGGGAUGCGAAGAAAAUAUUCGAAGAAAUGCCUGAGAGAAAUGCUAUUACUUGGAACUCUCUGCUUGUGGGGUUGGUACAAAAUGGGUUAGAUGAGGAGGCAUUGGAAAUGUUCUAUGAUAUGAGAAUUGAUGGUGUUGAGCCUACUAGAGUUAGUAUUGCAAGUUUCCUUUCUGCAUCUGCUAAUUUGGAGGCUCUGGAGAAAGGUAGACAAGCUCAUGGCAUUGCAGUGUUAUAUGGUUUAGAACUUGAUAAUAUUUUAGGCACUUCGCUUAUUAACUUCUACUGUAAGCUCGCUAUGAUUGAAGACGCUGAGAUGAUAUUUGAUCUCAUGGUGGAAAGAGAUGUAGUGACUUGGAACGUGUUGAUUUCGGCUUAUGUACUAUAUGGUCAUAAUGAGAAAGCUAUAAGUACUUGUCAUCAGAUGAGAAAGGAGAACUUGAAAUUUGAUUCUGUGACUUUAGCAUCAAUCCUAUCAGCUUGUUCAGAUGCUGGCAUGAUCGAACUUGGAAGAACUAGUCAUGCCUAUUGCAUUCGAAACCAUCUUGAAUAUGAUUUAGCUGUUGCAAGUAGCGCAAUAGAUUUCUAUGCAAGUUGUGGGAGGCUAAAAUAUUCACAGAGGGUCUUUGAUUUGGCAACCUCAAAGGAUUUGGUUUUAUGGAAUUCGUUAGUUUUUGCUUAUGCACAGUCUGGGCUAAGUGGGGAGGCUUUAAAAAAAUUUUAUCAGAUGCAACUUGAAGGUGUGCCUCCAAAUUUGACAUCAUGGAAUUCUGUCAUGCUAGGGUUUGUGAAGAAUGGACAGAUCGAAGAGGCUCACGAUAUGCUCUCUAAGAUGACACUCAAUGGACUGAGUCCUAAUUUUGUCACAUGGGUUCUUUUCAUAUUUGGCUUAGUUCAAAAGGGAUGUGGAUAUGAAGCAAUUAAGUUCUUCGUUAAAAUGCAAUCUACAGGCCUUAGGCCAAAUUCUAUAAGCAUUAUUGGGGUACUCUUAGCCUGUUCAAAUACAAUGUCUCUGACAUAUGGAAGGGCUAUUCAUGGUCAUAUAAUGAGAAGAGGGCUCCUUUCAUCUCUCUCCAUUAUAUCAUCUCUCAUAGACAUGUAUAGCAAAUGUGGAAGCAUAAAUCUUGCAAGCAAGGUAUUUGAUUUUGUGUUGGAUAAGGACAUCUCUCUAUUCAAUGUGAUGAUAUGUGGACUGUCAUUUUGGGGUAAAGCUAAAGAAGCUCUUGAACUUUAUAAAGAUAUGCAUAAGCAAGGGAUAGAUCCAAUUGAUACAACCUUUACAAUGCUUUUAUCAGCUUGCAGUAGUGCAGGUCUUAUCGAUGACGGUCUCAAUAUUUUCAUGGAGAUGGUUAGCAAAUAUCACAUGAUACCAAGGAAGGAGGAUUAUGGCUAUUUGAUAAAACUUCUAGAUUGUGGUAAUUUCAAUGAGACACUCAAGGUUUUAUCAUCUAUGCAACUUGAUGUUGACUCCCAGAUAUUAGGAUCUUCACUUGAUGCGUAUAAAGAAGAUCAAGAAACAAAACUAUCACAAUGUUUAUUAAGCUGUAUAUUGGAGUCAGAACCUGUUUACUCAGUGAAUUACACAAAUAUUUUAAGUGAAUAUGUUUCUUUGGGAAAGUGGGGGAGAGAUUCUAUUUUGAGAGAAUUGAUGAAAGAAAUUGGAUUGAGGAACCAAAGAUGCAGUUGGAUUCAAAUUGGAAAAAAGCUUCAUGCAUUCGAAGUUGGUGAAAAAUCGCACCCACAAAUAGAUACAAUAUCUGAGACCUUGUUGUGGUUGCAUAGGCAAAUGAAAUUUGCUGGUUGUGCACCUAUAAAUGUUGACUAUGGGCUCAAGGAUGCUAGGCAAGAAACUCUAUGUUCCUAUUGAUGCCAUAUACUCUUGGGCAUGGAUGAAUUUGAUCCAAAAUCCUACAGGUGUUUGAAUGCAUAGAGAGCUUUUGUGAAGAACAAGAACAAAAUGAACAAGAAUGACUUUUGGUUCAUGAUUCUCUGAGAGAAAAGUAGAUGGAGCUCUCCGAAAAUGUUGCUAGCCAUGAUAAAGGAAAUCAAGUUAGUGUUUCCAAGUACAUGGCCCAUGGCAAAAGGAUCGUGUCUGAAAUGUGUUUCUGAUGCAGCAAAGCUUCACAUUAUAAGCUUUCGUGUCUCAGGAGCAAGAGCUGUAAUCUUCAAAACAACAAAUGAUGCUGCUAACUGCGGUUCUUAAGCCUGUAGAUGAUAUCUAUCACGUAUGAAUGGCUGAGUCCAGGAUCAACUGGUGAAAAAUAUAAGCAUAUGAUGCUAAGUCAACUGUUAGCCAAGUGUUGUUUGAUUUCGCAACCUCCAACGAAUUAGUUCGGGCUAACGUCAAUAAUUCUUGACCCAGACUUAUCCAAAGGUAAUGGAUACUUUUUUGCUCAUUAUACGCAGAUCAUUGUCAAGUACCAUGCCUUAACAAUCCACGGGAUUGAUGAGUGCAUACAUGCUUUCACGCUUGACUGUCCCACUUAGAGGAGUUAGAUUACAGCACUUACUAUCAGAUGUAAGUUGAAUAGUGCACAUAAUUUGGAGAAGACUGAGAAAAGUGGUUCUAAAGUCCAAGAGCAAGAAAAUUGUUCAGAAUACUAUGAUACAUAUAGUAGAUAUUCUUCUGUGCAGGAAAUCGUGGUUCUAAAGUCCAAGAGCAAGAAAAUUGUUCAGAAUACUAUGAUACAUAUAGUAGAUAUUCUUCUGUGCAGGAAAUCGUGGUUCUAAAGUCCAAGAGCAAGAAAAUUGUUCAGAAUACUAUGAUACAUAUAGUAGAUAUUCUUCUGUGCAGGAAAUCGUGGUUCUAGAUCUUUGUUUAUUAAUUUGGUUGUAUAGUUGAUGCUCACUUACCGUCUUCCACAGUUGAAGGUAUGCUAUCCGACAAACAGCUAUUUGUUUAUUAAUUUGGUUUUGUUUUCUUGAUGUUGUUGGAAAUGCUUACCUCAAACUUUCUCACUCUAUUUCUCUUUAAUCUACUUUGGUUCAAUCUAGGGUUGUGAUACCAUGAUUGUCAGAGUACAGAAGUUCAGUAACUGAAACCCUGAAGAGGUAUGCCGAAACUCUCAUUAGCAAAGCUUUUGUUAUCCCAAGGGAAGGAACACGCGACGUUUUCUGUCGGUGGGCGAUUACUUUCAUCAAAACUGGAGAGCCCUGACACAUUUCCAUAAUAAUAAACAAAAUCAAGAGCAACUCUCUCUCUUUGCCUAGUUCUUGCUCUUUGAUUUCAGAUAGUUUUUCAGUAGUAAUAACACUGUUACAAUGCCUGUUUAUCAGUUAAUAUCUUUUUUUUGGCUUAUGAUCACGUAUGUUGACUGAUAUUGUAAUACCGACUCAUAUUUCUAAUCAAAUAUUAUAAAUACAUUGCGCCUCAUUCAUACAGGAGAAAAUAUGCCGCUUUGAGUACCACAUGAUUUUAGCUAUAAUUUCCAUUUUUAGUAUUUUAUUAACUUAUGUUGAAUUAAGAUCUUACAAGAAUAGUCAUGGGUAAUCCUGAUUUAUCGCUUGAAUAUUCUGUAGGACUGAUUGAAACGUAAAGAGAUUGGGCUUCAACCGAACUUCACAUCAUUCAAGUUUAGACCUGAACUUCGUUUCUUAGAAGAAAAAACUGAGCGCACUCUUUUCUGCCACUGAUGCUUUUAUGCCAAGAGCCAAAGACAGACUAAUGAAACGGAGAGCAUUUGAGGGUUGUCGUCUCAGUAAUUAGUGUGUUUCUCCUCGAUUAUCUGUUAUGUAUAAAAUUUACCGGUAAAUGAAGAUGUGGUGAUGAAAGGAAACUUGCUGAUGGGUACUUCCAGGUUUUACAACUGAUACGCUAAUAACAGGAUGGCGGUGACACAUUCAUCAACCAGUUUCUCAGACACCCGUUCUAACUAUGCAACCUCAAUAGACAACUCUUGGGAACCCAGCCAAAAAGACUGGGAGUAUGAUUCUGACGAGACUGGCCCAUAGGAGAUUUUGGUUGAUCGUGAGAUGACAAAUUCCUCUGAUAUAGAGUCAGUAAAGAUCAUAUCAGUAGAUUCUUCCGAGUCUGAGACUAAUCUCUUUGAUGAGGAUGAGUCAGUGGUAAAAGUUAUUUCCAUAGAGUCCUCACCCUCUAAAAUCAUUAUGAUUUUAUCUGACCCCUCCGGUAUGGAGUCUCAUGUAGCUAAGAUUUCUAAGGAUGACCAAGGAUUUGCCUCCUCUGAGGGUGAGUCGAAUAUCCUGGGUAUUGGUGCAGACCUCGAUCUUGAAAGAUGGAGGACUAGUGAUAUCGAUCCAGAUCCAAUGUCUAACUCUGAUAGUCGAAUAUACUGGAAUUAAAAUUAGAGUUCACCAAAUUAGAGUUAAAUUAGCAAAAAUGGUAAUACAACCUUCUUUGCUAGAUGAAAUUAAAGUAAACCAACAUAAUGAUCCUCGACUGGUGAAGAUAAAGAAAGAGGUAGAAGAAGGCAAUCGAAGAGAAUUUAAGAUACAUAAAGACGGAUCCUUGAGGUUUGAAACUAGAGUUUGUGUGCCUAACAUACCAGAGAUAAAAAAAGAUUAAAUGAGGCACAUCACUCUCUGUAUACUAUGCAUCCUGGAUCAACAAAAAUGUAUAAUAACCUUGAAGGAAAUAUAUUGGUGAAAUAAUAUGAAGACGAAAAUUGCUACAUAUGUUGCAGAAUGUUUCACUUGCGAGCAAGUAAAGGCUGAGCACCAAAGACCAGCUAGAUUAGUCCAUAACUUGGACGUACCAAUAUGAAAAUGGAAAAAGAUCAUCAUGGAUUUCGUCACUGGCCUUCCGAAAUCUUUGAGAAAGAAUAAUGCAAUAUGGGUGAUUGUUGACCGGUUGACAAAGUCAACACAUUUUUUACCUAUCAAUAUGAAAUUUUUAUUAGAAAAACUAACUAAAAUAUACAUUAAUGAGAUAGAGAUUGCAUGGUGUACCAAUAUCAAUAGUUCUGACCGAGAUCCUACGCUCACAUCAGAAUACUGAAAAACUGUACAUAGAGCUCUGCAGACUAAACUAAAAUUCAGCUUAGCUUACCAUCCACAGACAGAUGACUAAUCAGAACGAACAAUUCAAACACUAGAAGAUAUGUUGAGAUAUUGUGUAUUGGAAAUGAAAAGGUCAUGGGAAGAUUAUCUGCCUUUGGCCGAGUUUGCAUACAAUAACAGCUACCAAGCUAGUAUUCAGAUGACACUAUAUGAACUUUUUAUGGAAGAAAGUGCAGGUCUCCUAUUCAUUAGGAUGAUAUUAGGAUGAUAUUAGAGAAAGAGAACUUCUUAGACCAGAAUUGGUGCAACAAGCAAUUGCUAAGAUUCAAUUAGUUAAAGAACGUCUUCGCACUGCACAGAGUCGUUAGAAGAGUUAUGCUGACAAAAAAAUGAGAAAAUUAGAGUUUCAGGUUGGUGAUCAUGUCUUCUUAAAAAUCUCGCCUACCCGUGGAGUGAAAAGAUUUGGAAUCCAAGAAAAGUUAAGCCCGAGAUUUAUCGGUCCUUUUAAAAUUCUGAAACGCGUUGGUCCAGUGGCGUACAGAUUAGCAUUAUCAUCAUCCUUAUUUGGAGUACACAAUGUAUUUUACAUAUUGAUGCUUCGAAAGUUCAUCCGAGAUCCAAGUGUGAUUGUUGAGUUGUCUCCAGUGGAGCUCAAGCAAGACUUGACCUAUGAGGAAAGACCAGAACAUAUUGUGGAUUAUAAGGAACAAGUACUUAGACAUCGAAUAAUCAAAUAUAUGAAAGUUCAAUGGAAGAAUCACUCUGAAAGAGAAGCCACUUGGGAAAUAGAAGAUUUUAUGCAAGAGAGAUAUCCAAAGCUCUUUCGAGAUAUAGAUCUGUUAAGUUUUGAGGAUGAAACUCUUUGUAAGCAGGGAAGAAUGUAAUGACCUAAACAAGGAAAAUAAUUUUAAAUUUUUAUAAAUAGAAGGAUAUGCAAAUAAAGUAUUAAAUAAGGGUUUUCUUGCAAAAAUAUCACCAACCAAGCUGUCCCGUUUACAGCGUCUUGGAUAUUUGUUGGCCUCUUUUCAUUGGAAACUUGGGAUGGCCAGGAGACGUGUUUAUCUACUCCUUUAUUACUGAAGGAGAACAACAAAAAAGCUAAAAUGAACAGUAAAUUUUUAAAUUUUCCACGUAUUUUCCCCUCAAUUCUCCACAACCGUCCAUUGUUGAGUUAAUUCACCAAAACCGUCCGAACUCCCCACGUUUCAGAACCAAAACCGCCCCUUUUCUAUCUAACCAACCUCUCCUCUCCAGAUCCACUCUUUUCUCUACAUAUUCCAACCUCCCAUCGCUACCGUUUCCUCGCUCUCUAAAUUCUUUUUCCAUCGAUCUCUGCUUCUCCCAACGCUACUCGCUCCUCACUCUUCUAAUCGCCAUGGUUCUCGAGGCUACGAUGAUCUGCGUCGACAACUCGGAGUGGAUGAGGAACGGCGAUUACUCAACGUCUCGAUUAAAAACCCAAUAAGAUUGCUGCAUCAACAUUUGGGACAUCGUUGUGAUGGAGAAGGAGAAGGGACUGAAGCUAUUUGGCGUCCUAAUCGAGGCGAUGGUCGAGGAACCAAUCGAGGAGGCGAUGAGAAAGCAAGUGUAUUGUGGAUUUGGUGUCGUGCUCAGCGAAUCAGAGCUCUACAGAUAAUGGGUACUUGUCUGAUGGCGGCCUCGCUCAGAACUCAAGGACUAGGGCUCGGCAAGAGAGGAAAAGAGGUAACUUUUUCGAGUUUAAAGAAGUCGUAAUUUUGGGGAUAAUAUUGAGAUUUGAUUUAUGGGUCUCAUUUCUCCGGUGAGGUUUAGUUGAGGAAUUCGUUUUUUUUUUCAUUCUACGGGAACUUUGAGUUGGAUUGAUUUGUUCGAUUUGUCCUAUAUAUGUGUGGUUAUGUGAAUACUUUGGAUUUAUUGAGGAUGUGGAAUCAAUAUAAGCAUAGGUUUUGAUGAAUUCAUAACUACGCAUUAAGGAGAUUUAUAAUUUAUUUAUCAUAUUUAUCAUAUUUGUUGAAGAUGAGCAGAACAAGAUCUAACUAGAUAGAGUUAUAUAUCUGAGAUUUUAUAGAGUGACUGUGAAAUUAUUGAGGAACUUGGAGUUUAGUGAAUUGUUAUUUUGUGGACCUUUUGUUCUCUGUGCAAUGCUUUGGGCUGUUUUAAUGAAAAUAAGUGGAUCAUGGAAAUAUAAUUUACGAGUUAAAUGUGAUUCAGUUGAAUAAUUAACAAUAUGAAGUAUAUUAUUUAUUCAUGUUUUGGACUGCUUGGCUACCUCUAGGUUAUGGAAAGAACCUGAUGGGAGCUUUUGGAUGAGAUGUCGUUGGUAUAUGACUCCAGAGGAGAUUGCGGUUGGGAGGCAACCUCAUAACUUACAAAUGGAACUUUACUGCACAAACCAUUCGAGUGACAUUGAGAAAACGGAGGUCGAAGAGGUGGCAGGCGAAUGAUUUGAUGCCUGCUGUAGUUCUUUGCCUUGAUGAUGGGGAAGAGGAAUCUAAAAAAGGUUUUGGUUGGUAUUCAGGAGAAUAAUAUUUUGAGGAAGUCGUGACCACUAGAGCUAUAUUAUAAGCUGAACUUUUGGUUGUGGCACGUCGCUGAGAGGCAUUAUAAGAAAAACCUCCUCUUUGGUGUUUCACACAGUCAACGAUAUGCUUUACUUGUGAAAUUUUGUAACGUGAGCUUGUGGACUGUAAGUACAGAUUAUAUAUAUAGUGGCUCUAAACUUCUAUCAUCAGCAAGUUUAUAUAUGUAUUGAGAUAAGCUCUGUGAUAUGAAGUGUCAAGCUAGACUCAUGCUCGGGACUUGUCUCGUGCACGGGUCGCUGCUGUCACAUAAACUGUAUUUAUGAAUUUCCGUUACAAAUUCAAGGCGUAACAAAAACCAUUCAAGAAUUACACAGAUACAUUUUGAUGUACACUCUUUUAAUCACAUUUUCGAAGCUUGAAAAUAUUCCAAGAUCAAAAACUAAAACUAUAUAACAUUUCCCUUAUGCCAACGGUUUAUGUAUCACGGAUUAAGGAGAUGAGUUAAGCUCAUUAAUACCAUAUAUAAACAUACAUUAAACAGGUUUUUCAUAUCAUAAAGGUUAGAAGAAGAGGAACACAUAGUUGUCAAACAUAUAGAUUCGGUAAUAAA